UCUUUGAUUGCUGUAGCGUAUCUCCACAUUGCUAUCGGUUACAGAGUUUCGUAGUGCCCAAACAAACAACAAUCAAUAAACGUAGAACAGAAUCCCUAAAAAGAGGAGAAAAAAAUGGGUUGGGUGUGGAAAGACGAACCAAACGACGUCGUGGAAUCAACCGCUCGCGACGGCGAUCGAUGCUCUAUUAGGAAGGCGGUGCGCUCGCAGUGCAAGACAGAAGAAGUCGAGCCUGGAAAGUUCGUCCGAAAGUGCGAGAAAACUGAAGAAGUUCUCAGAGAAUGCGUUGGAAGGCCUCUUGAGGUCCUGCAAUCGAACAAAGAGUACACUGAAGAAGAUGUCACAGAGCAAGUGCUAAAAGGGAAUCUCUCGUCGGAAUCACAUGUGGAAGGUACAUUUGAUUUUCCUGGGCUGCGUAGUGACAUGGAGGAAAUUGAACGCCGCUUUUUUGGUGGGGUUAAUCGUUUCUUUGAUGCUGCUGAGGAGAUGAAAAAUAGUUUCUUUGAUGCUUUUGGAGAUUUUUAUGGCAGGGGAUCUUCAUCACCACCAUCUGUAAGGCGAGGAAUACCCUUUGAAAGCCAUCCUCAGAAGGAAGCCUCUCCUAAACCUGAUGAAUCUGGGCAUGUUGACUUGUCUGGCUUAGCUAAAGAUGUUUGAAGUUUUCUCAAGGAGCCGGCCUCCUUUUCUUCUUCAAUUUUCUUUCUUUAGAAUGCAAUAGAGAGAAACUUAUUAUACCUAUCAGAAUGGAAUGUUACUUUUUGAAUGCUAGGUGACAAGGAUUUUGUGCAUUUCAGAUUCAUCUCCAGGCAUUAUGGUUUUUGAUUAGUUGAAUUGAUCCCUGCCGUUUCUGAUUGUUCCAAAACAUAAACAUGUUUGAAGUGUAUAAACUCAAGGUGAUUGGAUCUUUUAAACAGAUAUCAUUCUAGGAUUAGGCUUAUAGGGCUUGAUGCUUGAAGUUUUCUUGCAAGCUUUUGCGACGGCAGCCUACCAAAGAAUUGAAGUCGUAAAUGGCUUAUAGAGUUUUGUAUAUACCAUAGUGAAGAUGUUCUUAUUCUUUCAAAGAAAGACUAGUUCAGCUGCCGGCAGCCUCUUUUGAUCGUUUCUGAUUGUUCCAAAACAUAAACUUGUUUGAAGUGUAUAAACACGAGUUGGUUGGAUCUUUUAAACAGAUAUCAUUCUAGGAUUAGGUGCAUAGGGCUUGAUGCUUGAAGUUUUCUUGUAAGCUUUUACGACGGCAGCCUACCAAAGAAUUGUAGUGGUAAAUGGCUUAUAGAGUUUUGUAUAUACCAUAAUAAAGACGUUCUUAUUCUUUCAAAGAAAAACUAGUUCAGCUGCCUCUUUUGAU